AUGACGAACAUUCUCCUUGGCUUGUUUCUUCUCAUUUUCUUGCGGCCAUGUUCUGCAGCCAAUACCUGCUACUUCCCCAAUGGGAAAAUCGCUUCUGAUAACUUCCCCUGUGAUCCAGACGCAGAGCAGAGCGCAUGCUGCGGUGGUGGUCUGGGCAAUGUCUGCCUCUCCAACAAGCUUUGCCAGAGCUCAAGUGGAAAUGUGGUCCGAGGCGCAUGCACGGACAAGAAUUGGGAGUCGCCUGAAUGUGCCAUGUACUGUCUAGGUGCGAAUACCGGAGGCACCGACUUAAUAUCGUGCUCCAAUGUCACUAAAACGGACACCUCUUUCUGCUGUGACCACACUACCGACUGCUGCGAUAGCGGCGUCGCCAGAUUCGAGGUCUUGCCUUCGCGCGCCGGCACCUGGGCAUCAUGGAAUGUGGCCUCGAGUAGAUACUUCACCGUCAGUACAUCCUCAACAAGGGCGUCUUCGUCUACAGCCACAGCCACUUCGACCACCCUAGUCUCCACGACUUCAGCCUCCACCAGCGUCUCUUCCGCUUCUGCGUCCUCGACUGCGAUAUCGUCCGAAGGCUCACAGAAUGUCACGUCGCCAGGCCUAUCGGUUGGUGCUCAGGUGGGAAUUGGUGUCGGUGUCGGCGUUGGAGCACUUCUCGUUGCCGUAAUCGCCUUUCUCCUCUGGAAAAAUCACAAGAAGAACCAAAUAAUCAACGACAAUCAGGUCAGAGAAGUUAGCCAUCCUCCCUCCUCGUCAUCGCCGUGGGAUCCUUCGAGCCAGAGCUACGCGUCCUCAACACACCCCUACAGCCACGCUGGGCCGUGGCCACCACAUCACCACGAGCAGCAACUGUUGUACGAUAACGGCCCCAAGGAAUUACAGGACCAGCGUUGGAAUGGUCCGGUAGUAAGGGCUGAGCUCCCCGCUCACGUAUAG